CAUGAAAGAACAUGGGUUGCCACUAAAUGCUACAGUUUUUACUUUGACAAAUUAUGUUACACCUUUGCCUUUAUAUAAGAGCAACAUAAUUCUAACCUUCUUCAUAAACCAAAACCAAAAGAAAAAAAUUAAAAAUGUCUACUAACAUAUUAUUUGUUUCUAUCUUUGUUCUUCAACUACUCUCAAUGUCAUCUUAUGCUUAUGAAAGUAUAACAUAUAGUUAUAGUCCCUCACCUUAUCAUGGUUCUCCAUACAUAUCCCCAGCCCAACCGACGAGCGACAUUGAUCUUUACUUGAAGGUUCAAAAUGAUGCUCGAAAUGUUGUUGGGGUGCCGCCGUUGUCAUGGGACAAUCGAUUGGCUGCCUACGCUCAAUGGUGGGCUAACCAAAGGCGGUAUGAUUGUGCCCUACAACACUCUAGAGGUCCUUAUGGGGAGAACAUAUUUUGGGGGAGUGGUGGUAGUGAUUGGUCACCCGCCUUUGCAGCCCAAUAUUGGGUUGAUGAGAAAAAGUGGUAUGACUAUAACACUAAUUCUUGUGCUUAUGGCAAGGAUUGUGGACAUUAUACCCAAAUUGUUUGGAAGAGUUCUACGAGAGUUGGUUGUGCUAAAGUCGUUUGUUAUAAUGGUCGUGGUGUUUUUAUUACUUGCAACUAUGAUCCACCCGGGAACUAUAUUGGCUCAAGGCCCUACUAAGUACUCAAGUAGAGCCCAAAUAACUUACCCAAUUUCAAUGAUAAAGCCUAGUACGUUGGCCUGGUCCUAUCUAUUGUGUAAUAACCUAGUAUUACUAAAAGCUAAUUAAGAACCACAAGAUGUGGUUAGUGCUUGAUUAUAAACUUUGAUUAAAAUUU